CCCAAGCUACAGUGCCCAGAACACGUGGACCAGUGUGACUACCCGAACGUCGAUAGGGCAAGGUAGAGCGUCCACUGGUACACGUAUAUACUUGUAUGCAAUUGGGCAUUUUUCCAAGAAUACCUGUCACGAGAUUUGGAUACCAGCAUAACCUCAGGGUCGUCUUGUUACCAGGUCCUUUAUCUUUCUAUAAGACGUUGAAGUUGGUUUAUUAGGGCCGAAAGAAGAAACACUUUUUUUUUCUUCUUUCCCUUUGCUUCCCCGUCUCCGUCUUGUCGAUCGACAAUCUAUUCCCCAGCGUAGCGCUGCCAAGAAUACUGGAUGCUGUAUUUACCCUGACGUAUUAUCACCCCCACCAAGCAUCACCACGAACUUACAUAUACCAACAACGAUAACGCGACUACGUGAAGCUGCCGCCGUAAUUGUUGCAGUACGCCAGGAUUGUGUCGAUUUUUUACAACAUGUCUCCUAAAUUACGACCUCUACAGUUGCCCUUGUUGGUGGAGGAGAGACGAAGGAAAGAGGAGGAAGAGGCGGCCCAACGCGAGAUGGAAGUCGACGUACCGUACAAUUUCUAUACCACAGACUCUUUCUCAUCCGACGCGACAUCACCAGUGACGCCGACGUUUUCGACGCGUGGUCAUUUGCGCUACUCCAGCUCCAUGUCGUCGUUCGACCUCGCAACGGUAGCGAGCUCCGAGAGCCCUUCGUCGCCAACACAAACGCAAACAGCGCAGAACUCGAGCAAACGCAUACUACCGGACGUGAAAGAAGAACCCAUAGAAUGCGAAGACUCAUCAGACUCAGAAUCCGAAUCAGAUUAUGACGAUGAUGAUGCGUCUGGGUUAUACCACUGUUUAUGUGACGAGCCUUGCAUCCACAGGGAUGCUGAUCUAGUACAGAGCACAUCGAAUUUCUAUACCCAAAGUCGUGUGGGCGACUAUGACCUAGGUUUCUUCAGCGACGGCGACUUCAGUUUUAGUUUGCGCUCGUCUAAGAAGCGUAGAGACAACUCCGAGUCAUCACUUGCAGGAUUCUCGCAGCGGUUGGGUUCCAGAUUCCCGUCUUUUACCAGGUGGAAAACGACAAAGCCGUCUAGUAUCAUUAGUUCUCCUGUAUCCGACUACGCGUUUGAGCGGCGACCAGUCUUGUCUCGAGCAACUUCAAGUCGAUCUUCGUCAGUCUCGGCACCCAGCCGGCACCAUCGCGACCGCUCAAACGAACCCGUCGUCCCCCCCACGCCUGCCCUGUCACGUUUUGGGAGUAGCGACAGCUUUAUCGCCUUGGAUGGGACUAUCGAUUCUAAGCAAACCCACGACGUCCUUUCAGCUAUCGAGCAUGAGCGGAAGCAGGCAGUAACACCGCUUCUACCACCUAUGAUGGCUUCUACUUCGACCGAGCACAUCCUGAUGCAACCCUCUCCGUUAGAAUCUCCGAGCGUCGCCUCUCCAGCUUCCCCAGUAGGGGAUGACGUUUAUUCGCCUGGUCUACUAUCUCCGCCACUUAGCACGAGGCCCUCAAAUUCAUCUCUCCGUCUUGUACCAGGCGCAGUAGAGCUUCCCCAACUUCCCGCGCCAGAUGCCUGGUCUGACCGUCUAGGACAUGCGAAUUACACGAUUGUCCCAAAACCGUACAAGCCCGAAACCGUCGACUUAGAUGCUCUACGACGAUUCCGAGCGGACUGGGAGACAGCACGAGUAAACUACACUAAACACCUCGCGCGAACAGGCGAGCAUUACGGCCAAACGUCUAAAACCUACGCACUUACGGAAGCCAAAUGGGCCGAGACCCAGCGGACUUGGCGUAAUCUCCACGAUGAGAUAGCCGAGGCGAUCGUUGCUUCUGGCGAAACGAUCAUUUGCGACAAGUUUGAUGAAGACGUUUUAACUACCGUUCCGAGAAUCUACGCCGAGGGAAAGUUUCCAGAGCGCGGCGACGAGGAUAUCGUCGGCCCAAUGGUUCGAGAGGCGACGAUGAUGUCCCUCGAUGGCGCGGACCGUAAAAGUUUCUGGCGCAAUCUGGCUGGCAAAGUCGGCUUGAAGAAAUAAAGCCUCACUUAUAUUAUGCCGGUCACUGAUCCCAAGUGACCCUCUCUUUUUACGACCAACAACUUAUUUAAUGACGAUUACGACUCUGAUGUCACUUACGCUCAUUUUCUAUUU